AUGGCUCUGGCACGAAGACUUUCCCUCGCCCUUGUCGCUCUCCUCUACCCCCAGUCACCUAUCUCUUGCCAUGCACAUCAGCCGUCCCUGUCUUCCACCCCUAUCGGUCCUAAUUACGAUUUUCCUCUCGAAGACCUGGAUAAAGAUCUCCCCUUCUCCCAACCUGUCACCUUUGCCCAUCUUCCUUGGGAACGGUGUUUCUCAGCCUCACACGACUCUCCCUUGGACAUCGCCGUCGUCGGCUUUCCCUACGACACCUCAACCUCAUACCGGCCGGGCGCACGAUUUGGACCUCGAGGAAUCCGUGCCGCCAGCUCGCGUGAGAAGAAAGGCCGUAGCUACAAUACGGUCUGGGGCCUGGACCCACUCACGGAAGGUGGCCUCAGGAUCGUCGAUUGUGGAGAUAUUCCCAUUACGCCAUUCGAUGCGGCACAUGCCUUUCGCCAGAUGGAACAGGGGUAUCGACAAGUCCUAUUCCACAACACCACGACCGCAGUCGGGGCAAACUGGCGGCAUCCCCGAAUUCUCAGCCUCGGAGGCGACCACAGCAUCGUCCUCCCAAUCCUACGCAGCUUGAAACAGGUCUAUGGCCCCAUUAGCGUGAUCCAUCUAGACUCGCACCUCGAUACCUGGGACCCGUAUGCGGGAUACACAGGCAUUGUGUCCGAGCAGAGCUCCAUCACUCACGGCACGUUUUUCUGGCACGCCGCGCGCGAGGGGUGUAUUGCCAAGGGAACCUCAGUCCACGGCGGAUUGCGCACCAAACUCUUCAGCCCCGAAGACUACGUGGUCGAUCGCGACGUGGUCGGCUUCACGCUGAUUGAAGCGCACGAAAUCGACGAACCCGACAUCGGCAUCCAUGGCAUCAUCGAACGCGUCACGAAUACCGUCAAGGAUACCCCCGUCUACCUGUCCAUCGAUAUCGAUGUGUUGGAUCCUUCUAUCGCGCCCGCAACUGGCACACCCGAGAGCGGCGGAUGGACGACCCGCGAAGUCAAGCGAUUCAUCAAAGGUCUUGAAGGCAUCAGACUCGUCGGUGCAGAUGUCGUUGAGGUCUCUCCGCCCUACGACACGGCUGCAGAGGUCACGAGCGUUGCGGCCAGUGAUUUGCUAGUGGAUAUUUUGGCAUUGAUGGCCAAAGAUUUAGUGCGGACAGCGAAGGAUACAAAGGAUGGAGUUAAGGAUGAGUUAUAA